GGGUACCGAUGGAUGUGGCCGAGAGCCCUGAACGGGACCCUCGCUCUCCAGAGGAUGAAGAAGAGGAGCCGCAGGGGCUGUCGGACGAUGACGUUCUGCGGGAGAGUGGCUCUGAGCAGGAGGGGGAGGGUGCGGCCGGGAGGGCUUCCGACCUGGAGGAGGAGGAAAGUGCCGCCCCGGGGCUGGGCCCGGGGCCAGAGGAGAGCCGCUCCGACGAGGAGGACCAGGACCAGGACUCUGAGGCUCCGGAGCUGAAUCAGGGGCCGGCCAGCCCCCCGCGUGCGGAGGAGGACCGCGCCAGCGACCUGCGGGACGAGGCCUCCUCGGUCACCAGGGAGCUGGACGAGCACGAGCUGGACUAUGACGAGGAGGUCCCCGAGGAGCCGGCGUCCGCCGCGCCGGAGGACGAGGCCGACAAGGCCGGGCCCGAGGAUGAGGAGGACAAGGGAGAAGGCGCUCCCGGCACAGAGGGGACAGCGGCUGCUCGCGGCGGAGAGGGCAGGGAGCCCCCGGAGGCCGGCAAGGAGAAGAAAAAGGAGGACGACGACGGCGAGAUCGACGACGGCGAGAUCGACGAUGACGACCUGGAAGAGGGUGAAGUGAAGGACCCCAGUGACAGGAAGGUGAGGCCUCGUCCCACCUGCCGCUUCUUCAUGAAAGGUGUUGUGGCACCCCUGUCCACUCUGCUUCCACCAAUACCAAAUUCCAUGCCACUCAGAGGCCAGUUUGUGGCUGGCAGUCCACUGGACGAGAUUCACUUAAGUUCCUUGCAGCAGCCAUAG